GGUCCGAUCGCCUAUGCCUUAUGUCAAACAGGGUGUAACACGGUCGCAGCGGCCUGUUACUCUGCCGCCGGGUUCCAGUUCGGGACCGUCGUUGCUAGCCUUUUGGCACCCGCGACGAUCCUGGCCUGCAACACCGCGUUGGGGACGUGCUCCGCGACUUGCGCUACGGUGGCGCUCUUUGCGCCUACCCCUUGA